AUGGCGUCUACAUCCAACCUGCAGUCGCGUGCCAAGGGCAUGCACUCGGAAGCGCUCGACAAGUACGACGACCUGCACGAGCCCAUCCCCACCGAGGAGCAGGAGAAGCUGCUGCGCGAACUCAAGACGCAGAACGACAAGAGCAACUACUUCUACCGCGCGGCGAUCCUCUUCAUGGACCUGCUUGUCUUCAUUGCCUAUCUCACGCCCAUCCCGUCGUACAUUGAUGGCACGCAUCCGGAGAACCACCUCACGCUCUUCCACCACGGCGUCCACGUCAUCGGCACCGAAGACCACCUAACCUACCUCCCCGCGUUCCCCAUCUACCUCUUCUUCUUCGCCUGCCAGGGCUACCUUCUCUUCCUCGCCGCCUUUGAGCUGCUCUCGCUCAUGGGCCACGAUGACCUGCUUGCGCGCCUCUCGGGCCGCUCCGCCGCAGCCUACCGCUCGCAUCCCUUCGGCACGGCGCCCAGCUACCUCAUCGGCUCCCUCUCCGAGCUGCGCUGGUCCACGGGCAACAAGAUCAACCUGCACGAACGCGCCGACAAGCCCGCCAAGAUCGGCGGCGACUCCAAGGCGGUUCACGCGAGCCUCUCCAACCCGCGCCUCAUGUACCUCUGGAUGGUCUUCCUCGCCAGCCUCCCGCUGCCGCUCCUCAUCUUUGGCGCGGGCAACUUCUCCAACGCCGGCUGGUUCAGCUUCACCCCGGCCGUUAUCGGCCUCAUGCUCAUCUCCGAAACCUCCAUCCGCAGGUCCGAAAACCAACUCCUCGGUCUCGACGGCCUCAAGUACGACCACAAGUCGGCAUAA